UAGGCCAAGGAGUGAAUAAGGCAGAGCAGUUCCAGUUUAUAAAGCCUACCGACGUCAGCAGUGACGGCCGCGCCGGUGUUGGUGGGUUCCUGCGACUUGGAUGGUGAGGCGCCGCCUCUCCUCCUCGGAUCCACUUCCACGGAUGAUCUGGUCCUGCACGUCAAUACAGACGAUAUGUUUCCCCCAAAUCUAAGGCGUCGCCAGCCCUGGCAAAGCGCUUGCCGCUGCUCCCCUCUUCCGUUUCCAGCGCCGCCGCCCUCCUUCCGGUUCCUGUUCUCCAGCACCGCCGUUGAACCUCCUCCCCUCUCCCUCGUGCUUCCCUCUCUCAUCCUCUCUGCCGCUUCCCCGCUCUCCCCAAACUACUCUGUGCCCCGUCAGAUCGACCUGGACUUUGGCGGCAGCUACUUCUAGAACGCGGCGGCACGGCAGCAAGCCAGCAAGGAGAACGCGGCGGCACGGGCGUGCUGCUACUUCUGCUUCCUCUCCGACGCUUGCUGGUGAGAGAAACCUCCCAAUCUCUCUUGCUCGCUCUUUCUCUCUCACUCCCGCCGUUCCCCCAUCGAUCUCCAACUUCCUCCCGCUCCCGGUCCGUAUAGCGCCCGCCACAAGCGAUUCGACGUGAUUCUGACGCCAAAGCAACGUUUUUUGUCCAACUUCCUCCCGCUCCCGGUCCGUAUAGCGCCCGCCACAAGCGAUUUGACUUGAUUCUGACGCCAAAGCAACGUUUUUUGUACGUCUCAUUCGCAAGGCAGUCAGGUAGACGCCAUACACAUCUAAACAGAGUGAAUGCGUUUUACUUUUUCUAAUGAUUGAACUCAUGCCCACCAAUUUUGUCCAGCCCUAAGAUUACCAAUAUGCCAAAUUUAUUGUUUUUUGAACAAAACUACAGUAGGAGAUCACUUCGUAGUUCGUUGCCCCAUGGUAUGUAGUGAGUUUAUGUAACUAUGAAAUGGCAUUGAUCGGUUAUGAUCAUGUUCUGACUUCUGAUAUCCUCACGCCUCUAUCAAUUGGGCAGUCUCAUCUUUAAGGUUUGGUCUUGAGGGACAUAAACAUUAACUGUAUUUCAUUUUGCUGAUUUACUAUGAGCAGAUGGGUGCAGUAAUAUUUUGUAAUUCUCUAUAUUUAUAUAAGUAUAACCUGUGUUCAAAAUCCCCAUCAGAAGUUGAGGACGUAUUGGAUGUAUUAUGUCAAUAUUCAUAGCAUAGACUUUUGUGGAAAUAUUACACUUGUGGUGCUAGAACCCUGGUCCUUAUAUUUAUGUAUAGCCUCUGGUCGUUAGAUAAGAGGAGACAGGAGACAAUAUGUGCAUGUAUUUUUAAUUUGCAGGAGCAUUCAGAUUUUUAAGUCCCAGUGGUUAUUAAGCGUCGUUUAAACGACGUUUAAACGCUAAAACGUGAUUAGGAGUUAAAGCGUCCGUACGUUUUAAACGUCGAAACGCGCGUUCUGGACGUUUUACUCGUUGUACGAACGUUUUGUGCGUCUAUAAGUGGUUGGGCCUUAAUGGGCCUUUCACCAGCAAGCUUGCUCCAGCCGCCAAACUAAACUGCCAGACGCACAGCCGCGGAGCCGCCAGAGACAGACGCUGCCGCCGUCGGCCGUCCUCCGCCCUCCAGUUGAGCGGUUCAAGCAGAGCUGAUGGCUACAUCAGAGCCAGUACAAGAGAGUUUGGUGGUGCACUACUCACAACCUAGUAGGCCCCGGGUCCUCCUUGCUGCUUCAGGAAGUGUAGCCGCUAUAAAAUUUGAGAGCCUUUGCCGUAGCUUCUCUGAGUGGGCGGAUGUCCGAGCUGUGGCCACCACGCCAUCCUUGCACUUCGUUGAUAGAUCAUCUCUACCAAGUGGCAUCGUUCUUUACACUGAUGACGAUGAAUGGUCUACCUGGAAGAAGAUAGGAGAUGAAGUCUUACACAUCGAGCUGCGGAAAUGGGCAGACGUUAUGGUGAUCGCUCCAUUGUCAGCAAAUACCCUGGCUAAGAUCGCCGGUGGGUUAUGCGACAACCUCUUGACCUGCAUCGUGAGAGCGUGGGACUACAGCAAACCGCUCUUUGUUGCCCCAGCCAUGAACACGUUAAUGUGGAACAACCCAUUCACGGAGCGGCAUCUUCACACAAUCAACCAACUGGGCAUAGCCUUGAUCCCCCCAGUUACCAAAAGGCUGGCCUGUGGCGAUUACGGGAACGGCGCAAUGGCCGAAACCUCGCAGAUCCAUACUUCCGUGAGGCUCGCGUGCAAGACGCAACCGCACGAUGCGAGCAGUUCACUCGCGGGUCCUGUCAGUAAUAACCGGCCAUCUAGCUGAUGCAGCAGUUGGCCACUUGAUUGUCAAGCUUAGGAAUUUGUUUUAUAUGCAGUGUGCAUCUGGAGUGUUGUAACAGAUUUUUUUUCCAACUAGUGUUUGUGUGUAUUGAAAUUGGGGGGGAAAGGCUGUUGUCACAGGAUAACAAUAACUUCCUCCCUGCUCAGUAAUUAUGAGUCUAUUCAGUUUGUAAUUGUCGGUGGGAGUACAAUUAUGCUACAAUAUUGUUUGUUUGUGUGUGUGUGGGAGUUGGGGAGUGCUGCUGCCACAGAGAUAGCUUCCUCCCUGCCCAGCCAGUAAUGAUAGUGAUUAUUCAGUUUGUAGUUGUCAGUGGAAGUGUCCAGCAAACUUUUCUACUACCCUUUGAUA